CGUGUCUGGAAGUUCUUCCUGUGAGCCGCCCUGACUUUUCUACUGCGCAUGUGUCAGAAUCGCCAUUUUGCAGUGUACUGUUGUGCUAGGUUUCGUUGUGCGGGGCGGGGGAGGCAGAGCACACAGGGCCGGGAGAGUAGGGAGGCCGGAAGCCUGGCGUACUUCACGUGCACUGCAGCAAUUUCACGUGACUCCGUGCAAGUACGAAAAGUGGGGCAGUCAUGGCGAACAUCGCAGCGCAAAGGAUCAAAAGGGAGUUCAAGGAGGUGCUGAAAAGCGAAGAGACUAGCAAAAACCAAAUCAAAGUAGACCUUGUAGACGAGAAUUUCUCUGAGCUCCGUGGUGAAAUAGCCGGUCCACCUGACACACCUUAUGAAGGUGGGAGAUACCAGUUAGAAAUCAAAAUUCCAGAAACCUACCCAUUUAACCCCCCUAAGGUGCGCUUUAUUACCAAAAUCUGGCAUCCGAAUAUUAGUUCAGUCACAGGAGCCAUCUGCUUGGACAUAUUGAAAGACCAAUGGGCUGCAGCUAUGACUUUAAGAACAGUAUUGUUAUCGUUGCAAGCUCUAUUGGCAGCAGCAGAACCAGAUGAUCCACAGGAUGCAGUGGUGGCCAAUCAGUAUAAACAGAAUCCAGAAAUGUUUAAACAGACGGCUCGACUGUGGGCACAUGUGUAUGCAGGAGCACCCGUCACUAGUCCAGAAUACACGAAAAAAAUAGAGAACCUUUGUGCCAUGGGCUUUGAUAGGAAUGCAGUAAUAGCCGCCUUGUCGUCAAAAGCCUGGGAUGUAGAGACUGCGACAGAAUUACUUCUGAGUAACUGAGAGCUGCUCGUCCGCUCCCGCCCCUACCUGAACAGCACGUCACCUGUUAUUUUAGCAUUCUGCAUAGGUUCUCUUUCAUAAAGGCACCCCUACUUGACUGUGCUACUUACACUGUACCCGAGACUGACGGCAAAGAAACUGCUGUGUAAAUUAAGCUGUGUAAGCGUUUGUGUAAAUUACAUCAAUUCAAUGGGACGGCUUGAAUUCUUCAUUUUUUUUUUAUUUUUUUUAAAUUCUG